AUGACCCCCAUCGUUACUUCUGCUGCUGCUGCUGCUGCUGCUGCUGCUCCUACCGCUGCUGCAACAACAACCACUCACAGUAAUAUUGAAGGUACUGCUUCAUGCGCAGAUUAUGUCGCUCAUAAAAAUUCUUCUUCUUCUUCUACUACUGCUACUCUUAAUAGUUUAAAAAGAAGUCGGCAGGCUGACAUUACUACGGCCACUUCGCCCAGCUUCAAACGGCGGUGCGUGGCGGACCUUGACGGCUCGGAUUCGUCCUGCUCUUCUGCAGACGAAGACGAUAACCUCCCAGUAAAUCAUCAUCAUCCUUCAAAUAAUUCUUCUUCCUCUUCCUCUUCCAUUUCCGUGUAUAAAAGCCCGUCCUCAAGCUACCGCAGCAACAAGACGGCUCUCUUUAAAAUUAGAAGAGCAAUGUCGUUAAAUUCGGUUGCACCAGCAACCACAGGCACCUUUUUUUCACCACCUUCCCCCCCACACUCACAUCACGCUUAUGAGGAUCUGGAUAGUCCAAACAACAAUAACUCUGUUGCAACAAAGGCUUAUCACCACAAUGCUUGCUUCUCUUCUUCUUCCGAUUCCGAAGACGAAAAUAAUGCCAUUGUUGCUACAGGUGCUGUUACCCCGAUCACCACAACAAAGCCUUUCUUGUCUUCUCAUACUGCAAUCCCUAAAAAGUCACACUCAAGACACAAGUCUAUUUCCGUGGCUACCCUUCGUCGUCACUGCACAAUGAUGAACCCAGACACUCAAACUGGUGGCUUCUUACCCUUUAACGAUGCCACCAAUAUUUAUGCAAACUCAAACAACCAUAUCACCUCCACCACUUUUCUGCCUGCCAAUACUGCGGCUACUGCUGCUGCUGCUCCUGUUGUACCAGCAUCUCUUCCUACCCCGUCUUCUCUUGGCGGUAUGGGGUCCUCUCGCAAGAGACGUGCUCCUGCUGUCCCCCGAUGCGACUUGGUAGCUCGUGCUAGAUGCUUUGACUACUUGGUUUCGGCCAUUGAUGAGGUCUGGGCACAAUACUGUACUUACACUUCAUGUGCUGAAGACGAAAUGUAUGCUGUGGAUGAAGAUGAGAAGCGAAGCAAGACUUGGAAGCACAAGCGCAACACGUCUGUCUACAGUGACCACGAGUUGCCCACCUCGCCGGCGAGCUUGUGUGAGGAAGACGGCAACUAUUCCUCUACCAAUGAAUCGUACGGACCCCGUACACCUUACCACGAUUCUGGCAGCCGGUACAAUACCUCGCCUGCACGCCAGAUGUACAGUUGCAACACUAGUAAGAUUGUUUAUGAUGAAUACAAUCACAAUGAUGAGUGUGAUGAUUCUGUUGAAUCAUCCACUCAAAAUGAUUCAGCAACUUUAUCAGCUGUGAGCGACAAAUCAUUGGCUCCUUCGGAGCAACCUGGCAGUGUUCGUCUUUUGCACCUCAAACAGCGUCUGAUGAAGGCCAAGUACUAUCUCCAGGAUCUUGUUGAUCGGGACGAUAUUGAUUCGUCUUGUGCGUUUUGGAACAAGUGGGACUUGGUCAAGUAUCCAGCCAUUGAGCUUGUUGAAGAUGAUGGCGAGGAUGACGAUACUGUGGAAACUGUUACUGAUGAAUUAGAAAAUGGCCGUCACUAUGCCAGUGUUUAUUAA